AUGCAACGUAGAUCGCUUCCUACGAAACCAUGGGUAGACAUUGCUAUAGAUUUUUUGGGCCCUCUGCCGACCGGAGAAAACCUGUUGGUUGUAAUCGACUACUAUAGUCGAUACAAGGAAAUCGAAAUCAUGACAAAUAUUACGGCAGAAGAAACAAUAAAGCGUCUACACGGUAUUUUCACACGGUUAGGAUUUCCAAUCACGAUAACGUUGGAUAACGCCAGACAAUUCGUGAGUAAUAAAUUCGAAACGUAUUGUAAGAACAACGGAAUCCAUUUGAACUACUCCACUCCAUACUGGCCCCAAGAGAACGGCUUAGUCGAGCGACAGAAUCGGUCGCUUUUGAAACGACUCCAGAUAAGUCAUGCGAUGGACCGCGACUGGAAGAAAGAUUUACAGGAUUAUUUACAAAUGUACUACAUUAGUCCGCAUUCCAUCACUGGAAAAACUCCAACCGAACUGUGUUUUGGACGGACCAUUAGGUCAAAGAUACCAUGUCUGGCAGACAUAGAGUCGGCGGCAGUAGAUGAGGAAGUUCGUGAAAGGGACAAACCGCGUAAAGAAGCAGGAAAAAUACGGGAGGAUAAGCGGCGUGGUGCGAAAAUCUCUGAGUUGAAAGUGGGUGACACGGUGUUAGCGAAAAACUUAGUUCGUGGGAAUUAA